AUGCCAUUGCUUGAGGAUUCUUUCCCAGGCUUGAUUCCCCUCAUUCGCCACUAUAUGAACAUGACUGAAGUGGAUCCAAACACAGCCUUUUCCAUCCAUCAGUACUUGAAGCUCAUUGGAAAGCGCGCCUCGGGGGAACUUCCGACUGCCGCGUCAUGGAUGCGUCAGUACAUAAUGAAUCAUCCCGACUACAAGCACGACUCCGUGGUGUCUGCCAAAGUCGCCAGUGACCUAAUGAACGAGUGCCUGGCAGUGACCAGUGGACAGUCAGACGUCACGGAAAACCCUCUGCUGAGGGGCACUUUCUCCUCACGUACCGCGGCUCAUCCGCCUGCGGCCACCCUAUCUGCUCACGCCUCCCUUCACGAGAGACGCGUCCAGUCGGCUAUAUCGCUGUCAGCGUUAGCGGCAUCUGGCGAAGUCCUGAUUGAGCAUGAGUGUGGUAGCGAGGCGUUGUUGAGUGAAAAGGCGCACAAUGCUAGCUUCCACCUUCUCGAAAAUGACGGCGUAUCUUAG